UGCAUUCAUUCAUUCAUCCAUCCAUCCAUAUAAACACGUGUGUCUGGGCACGUACAAAGCACACAUAAACACUACUAUUGUCCUUACACACACACACCCGCACCCCACAGCUGUCCUGCCCAUCCCUCAAGCGACAGCCCUCUUGUCCAUCUGUCUGGCCUUCUCAACUUGGUACACCAGCAGCCCAAAGGCCACGACGGUCACCACGCCCAUCAGCCCCGACGGCAGGAACACCCGACUCCUCGCGAACCGAACCGUGAAGAAAAUGGUCAGCAGCAGCUUCACCGCCAUGGCGAACUGGAGCCACCCUGUGCGGGCUGUGGCCAUGGCCAUUACGCCAGAUGCGGUCAGGAGGGUGGCGAAGACGCUCGACAUGGCGAUGGAGGGGAUGGACCCCUCGCUGACAUAGCCCGUCACGCCGCCUGCGAGCACGAUCAGUGCAAACACGAUGAUGAUAGCGCCGCCGAGCCUGUGCGGUGAUGCCGAGGCCGCUGCCUUGGCCAUAUCGGUGCUCGCGGUGCUGUUUGUUGUUUAUGUCGUGGCGUGUGUGCGGGGAGCGGCUUCUUUGACCUGUCAGACAGCAACAACGUAGAGAGUGAUGAAUGAAUCUAACACGCAGGCUCAUAUGUGAUGAUUACGGACUGACCUCGGUCCACGAGUGGCUGCUCCGGACCUCCCCUCUCUGGAAGCAACAAAAUGGAGGGGAAAUUGAUGAGUGGAACUGUUCAGGCGUGUGAAUCCCAGCUCCUUGCCCCCUUCUUUCCCCGGCAACCUUCUUUCUCUCUUUUGCGAGCUUGGCUAAAGGUUCUCCUCCCC